UUGAAAGUAUCGCUAUCAUUGACUCAGAUGGCCUGUAACUCGUGUCUUCCAUCUGUCAGGACCAUCCAGCAACAUCCAUGAAACAUCUGCCCUUGAGAGGGAUCGAUCGGUUCCCUACCAUCUCCUAAAGCGUUCCACCGGGAGUUUCUAACACUGUACAUUUUCACUAUGAAUCCAUCUUCCUCGGAAUAUGCCAGUGAUGACAAAGGGCCAACGAUCUUGAUCGUGUUAUGGACCUUGACAGUUCUAACGAUAGUCGUGGUGACGGGCCGCAUCUACAUCCGAGCAGGCUUGCUGCAUAAUCUUGGGCUCAUGGGACUCGUAUGCUGCAUCCUCACGACUAUCAAUGUCAGACUCGGCUCCGGAAAGCACGCGUGGUUGUUGAGUGCCGCCACAGUCGAACAUGCGACCUUCCUCAACUGUCUCGACUUUCUCUUCGACAACAUCUCGUUCACCGUUCCCAAUCAAGCCGUGACCACAAAGCUAAACCAGAUCCUGAAUGCCAGCCACAUUCAACUAUGCAUCAUCAUUCUGUUCACCAUGUGCGACCCACUUCGGGCUCUGUGGCAGACCGGCCUUGUCACGGAGGGCAAAGCUACCUCAAGAAUGUGUGGAUCUCUAUCCAGAUUUGUCGAUCUAGUCCUCGUGAUCUAUUCCAGCACCGUCCUGAUGAAGCUUCAAAUGUCGCUGCGUAAGCGCCUGGCGCUAUGCGCAGCACUAGGCCUCGGCUCGUUGAAAGGUCUAGCUGACCAAGAAGCCUACACAUACCAGUUCAUCUGGACUAAAUUGCAGUGCAUCGAGUCCAGCAUCGGGAUCAUCGCUUCCUGCAUCCCCACACUCCAGCAUUUCCUUGAACUAAUGCAUGCUUGGCAACCGCACUGCGAGCUCAUACAACAACAGUCGCAAGGGGUCCAAUUUGCCAGAGUAUUCCCACAAGAGCCAUAGCAGGAGCUUAAAAUUAAGAUGGAUUUUGUUGUUGCA